AUGUACUGGCGAGCCAGUACAUACGUCCGGUCCGCUGCUGGCGAUAGUGACAGGUUCGGUGUCUCGGUGGGUUUACACCAGGGGUCGGCUUUAAGCCCUUAUCUGUUCCUCCUGGUAAUGGAUGCUUUGACAUUAAACAUACAGGAGGAGGCACCCUGGUGUAUGCUUUAUGCCGAUGACAUCGUGCUUGUCGGGGAGGAUGAAUGCGAGGUACAGAACAGGUUGGAAGAAUGGCGGGUUAAAUUGGAGGGAGCUGGUGUUAAAAUCAGCAGGACCAAAACUGAACAUUUGUUUUGCGAUUUUGGCGGUCCGACCAGCUUCUCUCCAAUCGCCUUAAAUGGUGUGCCUAUACCAACCUGCUCCGACUUUAAGUACCUCUGUUCUCUAGUCCAGUCCGACGGUGGCGUUGACCGAGACGUAAAAAGCCGAAUAAAUGCAGGUUGGAUGAAAUGGCGACAGGUUACUGGUGUGACUUGUGAUCCAAGAAUGCCUCUUAGGCUUAAGGGACAGAUCUACAAGUCCAUCAUAAGACCUGUCAGUUCCGUAGCUGCUCAAAUAGUGAGCACCGCUGAGCUUGAAUCGUUCAAAAAUUCAACCAGUUCCUUGGAAAUGAAGGGACUUGUUCGAAUUAUUCACGCGCCAUUAGCUCAGUUCACACUUUUGCGUGGAGCAUUCGCUCCUUUACUUAGACUAACGCUCACUGUCUUUGAUAAGAAGGGGUUGUAA